AUGGGAAACUGGAGUGGUAAAGACUCUCCUUUUGAUUUUCUUUCUCUUCCCCCACCCCCCAGUGCAUCUGUGGCCAUCUGCUUGUCUGCUUUAUUUGGUCAUGUUCCUCCCCUUCCCCCCCCAAAAAAAAACCCCCAUGGCAUUGUCACAGCACUUUUUUUAUUAAAAAAAAAUUGUGAACCAAGAACCUUGUCAAGCACACAAACAUCUCCACAAUGUGAAAUGUAUAUAGCAUGUUGGACUCUCUGCGUCCAGUGUUCAAGACUGCAUUGUAAUCGUUUAAAAAAAAAAAAGGAAAUUGAAUCAAGACUUGGCUGUGAAUUUAUUUUUUUGUGUGUGUGCUGUCCUGGAAAUAAGUGUAGUGUUUUGUAUCCUGUAUGUUAA